AUGCCCGUGCUUCCCGAACCCGCUACCUCCGACGACGAGGAGGCCCCCCGGCGAACCUACCCCGGCAGCGGCACGGCCGCAGACCCCUACAUUGUCGACUACCAGCCGCACGACCGCCACGACGCGAUGGCCUUCUCGCGGGGGCGCAAGUGGGCCAUUGCCGUGCUGCACUCGCUGUCGACGUUCGCGGUGACCUUCGCCAGCUCGGCGUACGCGAGCGGCAUCGAGGGCGUCGCGGCGCGCUUCGGCGCGUCCGCCGAGGUCGCCACGCUCGGCCUCUCGCUCUACGUGCUCGGCUUCGCCCUCGGCCCGCUCGUCUGGGCGCCGCUGUCCGAGACGUGCGGCCGCAGGGCCGUGUAUGUGGUCUCGUUCGCCGCGUACACCGCGUUCAGCGUCGCGGCGGCCUGCGCGCCCAACAUCGCGGCGCUGUUGGUGCUGCGCUUCUUUGCCAGCGCGUUUGGCGCGUCGUCGAUGACCAAUACUGGCGGGGUUAUUGCGGACAUGUUCAGCCAGGCGGAGCGCGGGCUGGCGACGGGGUUGUUUGUCACGGCUCCUUUUUUGGGGCCCGCGCUUGGGCCCAUUGCCGGUGCUUUCCUCGGCGAGGCCCAGGGUUGGCGCUGGAUUCUCGGUCUGGUCGCCAUCCUGGGCGGCGUGGUUUGGAUUCCCACAUCAUUGAUCACCCCCGAAACAUACGCGCCGUUUAUUUUGCGAUGCCGAGCCAAGGCCCUGUCCAGGAUGACGGGAAGCGUCUAUGUGUCCCGGCUCGAUGCGGGAAAGCCGCCGAAACCACUCCUGCAGGAGCUCUCGAUCUCUCUCACGCGCCCUUGGAUCUUUCUGUUCCGCGAACCCAUCGUCAUGCUGACGUCGCUGUACAUAUCCAUCGUCUACGGCACGCUGUACAUGUGUUUUGCUGGGUUUCCCAUCGUCUUCCAAGGCUCUCGAGGAUGGAGCCAGGGCACCGCCGGCCUUGCUUUUAUCGGUAUCGCCGUUGGCGUCUGUCUUGCGGCGGUGGCGGCCGGCCUGGACAAUCAUCGCUAUGCGCGCAUGUGCGAGGCGGUCGAGGCAGGGGGCGGUGCAGUCGAGCCUGAAGCCAGACUGAGUACGGCCAUGGCGGGCUCGAUUGUGCUUCCGAUCGGUCUGUUCCUGUUUGCGUGGACGACGUAUCCAUGGGUGCACUGGAUCGCACCCAUCAUCGGCGCCACGCUUUUCUCCUGCGGACUUGUCCUGGUCUUCAUCUCCCUGAUGAGCUACCUGGUCGACUCAUAUACCGUCUAUGCUGCGUCCGUGCUGGCGGCCAACUCGGUGCUUCGGUCUUUGUUCGGCACCGCCUUUCCGCUGUUUACCACCCAAAUGUACGAGAACCUCGGAGAUCAGUGGGCGAGCUCCAUUCCAGCGUUUCUCGCGGUUGCGUGCCUGCCUGUUCCGUUUCUGUUCUACAAGUACGGCCCGCAGAUCCGCUCCAGGUGCAAGUAUUCCUCCGAAGCAGCGAAGGUGUGGGAGGCGAUGCGUCGUCGGCAAGCCGUGAAGAUGCACCAAGAGGCCCAGAUCCUCGGUCAGCAGCAAGGAAACCAGAAACCCAACCCACUGUGA